CAGGCAGUAAAGUCAGCACUUUUGAAAGAGCUGUAUCACCCGGUAUUUGAUAAUAUUGUAUGGGCAAUUCCUCAUAGAAAAGAUGUCGCGAGGUAGCAGUGCAGGUUUCGACAGACAUAUAACUAUAUUUUCUCCGGAAGGACGACUUUAUCAAGUUGAGUAUGCCUUUAAAGCUAUAAACCAAGGAGGGUUAACAUCAGUUGCUAUUCGUGGAAAAGAUAGUGCUGUUUGUGUUACACAGAAAAAAGUUCCAGAUAAAUUACUAGAUGCCUCAACAGUCACCCAUUUAUUUCAACUGACAGAAAAUAUAGGAUGUGUAAUGACUGGAAUGGUUGCUGAUAGUAGAUCUCAGGUACAGAGAGCAAGAUAUGAAGCUGCCAAAUGGAAGUAUACAUAUGGAUAUGAGAUUCCAGUAGACAUGUUAUGUAAGAGAAUAGCUGAUAUAUCACAGAUCUAUACACAAAGUGCUGAAAUGAGACCUCUAGGAUGUAGUAUGGUAAUAUUGGGAUAUGACGAUGAGAACGGACCACAGAUAUUUAAAUGUGACCCAGCCGGUUACUACUGUGGGUAUAAAGCUACAGCUGCAGGUGUUAAACAAUUAGAAGCCAACAGUUUUCUGGAAAAGAAAGUGAAAAAGAAGCAGGAUUUUACAUUUAAUGAAGCAAUAGAGGUGGCUAUCACAUGUUUGUCAACUGUUUUGUCUGCAGAUUUUAAAUCAUCAGAAAUAGAAGUUGGAGUUAUUUCAGCUGAUAAAAAGUCAUUCAGAACUCUGAGUGAAGAAGAAAUAGACCAACAUUUAGUAGCUAUUGCAGAGAAAGACUGAUGAUUUAUUACAUCACCCUGAUCAAGAUUAAUUUUCACUAGUGCUUUUGUGACAUUGUCAUUUUCAUCAACUUGUUAUACAUACUGAUAAAAAAGGAUUAAAAUUUAUUUUAAUUACCUUA